AGUCUCCGCUCAGUUGCCGGAGAAUACCAGAUAAGUGAAGAUCGUAGCCUAGAUCGAGUGUAAUUUGCGGAGAGACUUGCCGAGAAAAGUGAAACUUUUAGUGAAAAAUGAAUACAUUUAUGUUUGCUGCCUUUAUUAUGUCCAUGACAUUGCUGGAAGUCAGCCAGGCCCAGAGACCCGGUUUUGCCGGAUUGCGCCCUCCCGGAGGACUCAGCCAGAAGGAUAAAUACCAUGCUACGGCCAACACAGCCGUCGAAAACUUUACGGGUGUGGACAUAGGCACCCGGUUUGGUGAGGGCUCCAGCUCCCAGCAACCAGCCAUCGUCAAUCUGGAUUUUGGAGCCUCCCAGCGGCCACCAAUGGGAGUGCCCAUCGUUCUUCCCUCGGACGGCUUUGUUCCGGACUCUGCCCUCCAGGCAGCUACUAUGCCUGCAGGAGUAACCAACCGCUUUGGAACUCCAGAUGCCUCUGCCACAGUGCCCACAUGGAUUAAUCUUCCAGUGGAUGCCCAUGGAGAUCGCGAGUGGGUUAAUCAUCUUAGUCAGCUGCCAGUGGAAAGCCAACCAUUCUGGUUCGUCAACUACCAGGCUAUCGAGGCGCACCGGAAUAGCACCAGGCCCAAUGUGGGAGCCACGGAGACUCGGGGAUCUUCUUUCCGCGGCUAAAAACUUCAAUUAUAAUUCUUGGAACUCUACGCUGAAUUUUUGUAGAAUUUUAUUGUACAAAAGCUUAUUUAUUUAAAUCUCAAAAAAAUACAAAAACUUAAAUUAAAAA